AUGUUUGGUUGCUUUCAAUGUGGUGUUGAAGUUGCUACUACUUUGGUGUAUGAAGAGGAGUUUCACUUUGUGAUUGAAUGGAAGGAAGCUAUGCUUUUUGCAGCAAUUAAGCGACUCCAAGACAAUGGUGCCUCAUUUUUCGUUCUUGAUCUUAGGGAUAAUCUUGGUGGACUAGUACAGGCUGGAAUUGAAACUGCUAAGCUUUUUCUGACUGAAGGGGAGACGGUGGCUUAUACCGUCGGAAGGGAUCCUCAUUAUGUGAACAAUAUUGCCGCAGAAACUGCACCUCUUAUUUCAGCUCCUGUCAUUGUAUUGGUGAACAAUAGUACUGCUAGUGCAAGUGAAAUAGUUGCCACCGCUCUUCAUGAUAACUGUAAAGCUGUCCUUGUGGGGGAAAGGACUUUUGGCAAGGGCCUGAUUCAAUCUGUUUUUGAACUUCACGACGGAUCUGGCUUGGUUGUCACUGUCGGGAAGUAUGUCACACCAAACCACAUGGAUAUAAACGGCAAUGGAAUAGAGCCUGAUUUUCAUAAUUUUCCAGCUUGGAAUGAACCACGGUUUCACCCACAUUUGACUGUGACCAUUCCAGAAUUUAGGCCUGAAGGAGCGGAUGAUUUGAUCGGCUUGCCCAUCGAUUCUCAAACUCAGAGCUAA